UCACACACACCUACACACACGUUGAGUCAUCUUUACUUGACACCUUUUUACUCUUGCUGAUGUUGAAUCGUGCUUGACAUAAAGAAAAAAUAAAAACAGCCACACACCCUAUUACCUUCCCACCGGAUACUAUUUCUUUACAAGCUUCAAUCUAUGUCUUCUAAGUUGUUUCAAAUAUUUAGCCUCUAUACUUUGCUUACUGCGUGUUUCUACUACGGCACUUCCUCAAGUCAAUCUCAGUAGUGCUUUUUCUUGUUUCUGAUCUAGCCAGGAUUGAGAUGUUUGCAUGCCAUGCCUUCAAGGCCAAAAUCUCUUGCCAUUGACUGCACUACCAAGUGAUUACUAAUAUCCAACUAAGGAAGAAGAAAGAUGAAAUUUGGGAAAGAAUUUAAGAAAGAAAAGGUGCCUGAGUGGACUGAAGCCUACAUGGAUUACAAUGGCCUCAAACAAAUAUUGAGAAAUAUGAGAGCAUACAGGCAGAACAAUCACCCUGCAAUGAACAGAACCCUUAGCGGGUUUUACCGCCAAUCUAGCAGACGCUACAAUGAGGAAGAUCUUGAAAAUCAAGCAAUCGAAAUUAAGACGUUGCAGAGAGAUGGUUCCCGACAGCUUUUUGAGACAGUUUUUAUUGAACAGACCGAAGGAGGAGUUGAGUUUGAGGUAACAUUCUUCAGAAAACUUGAUGAAGAGCUCAACAAGGCAAAUAACUUCUACAAGGACAAAGUGAAGGGAAUGAUGGAUGAAGCAAAUCAGUUGAAUAAACAAAUGGAAUCUUUGAUUGCUUUGAGGAUAAGAGUUGAAAAACGUAGUUUUAAGGGGUCUAAUUCAAACAGCCAUUAUCAGCAAGAACAAAGUCAAAGCAGUGGCAGCGAAGAGAAAGUCAAAGUUGCUGAUCAGAAUCACGAUCCUGUAGAAGCUCUUGAGCAUGUGAAGAUUAACAAUACCCCUCAAUCACCGGUUUCUACGAUUAAAGAUGUGUUGAGAGACUCCAAAGUUGAGGACUUGAGUUAUGGCAAAGGGAAUUUAAGAAGAGCUGAACAACAAUUGAGAGUUGCAUUUAUUGAAUUUUACCAUAAGCUCUAUCUUCUAAAACAAUACAGUUAUAUGAACCUCUUAGCAUUUUCCAAGAUCAUGAAAAAGUAUGAAAAGAUCACAUCAAGAAAAGCAUCUAAAUUGUACAUGGAAGUUGUGGAUAACUCUGACCUUGGAGAUUCAGAUGAGAUCAUUGAUCUCAUGGAGAGGGUGGAGGCAACCUUCAUCAAGAAUUUUUCAAAAUCCAAUCGCAGUGAAGGUAUGAAAUCGUUGAGGCCAAAACAAAGAAGAGAAAAUCACAUAGUAACAUUUUUCUCAGGCUUCUUUUCCGGUUGCACAAUUGCGCUACUUGUUGCCAUUGCCUUAAAAAUUGAACUUCAUAACCUGGCAACGGAGGAGGAGGGAGUGCAGUACUUACAAAGCAUCUUUCCACUUUACAGUGUAUUUCUAUAUGCCGUCCUACACCUUCUCAUGUAUGCUGCAAACAUUUACUUUUGGAGAAGAUAUAGGAUCAACUAUCCAUUUAUAUUUGGCUUCAAGAGAGGAACGGAGUUAGAAUACAGAGAUGUUUUCCUACUAAGUACAGGGCUUGCUGUACUAGCUUCGUCUGGUUUCUUGGCAAACUUGCGUCUGGACAUGGACUCAAAUACUCAAAAACUUAAGAAAGUCACUCAACUAGUUCCUCUAGGCUUAGUCACUCUUGUUCUUCUCCUUAUUUUCUGUCCUUUAAACAUCUUAUACAGAACAAGUCGUGUCUUCUUCAUUCAAUGCCUUUUUCGCUGCAUACUCGCUCCUCUAUACCCGGUGACAUUUCCAGAUUUCUUUUUGGCAGACCAGCUAACUAGCCAGAUGCAGGCUUUAAGGAGUUGUGUUUUGUACAUUUGCUAUUAUGGUUUGGGAAAGUACUUAAGAAGGCAAGAGAAGUGCCACACCCAUGGGCUUUACAACACACUCUACUUUGUUAUUGCUGUUAUUCCAUAUUGGCUUCGUUUCUUGCAGUGCCUUCGUCGAUUAAUUGAGGGUAGAGAUAAAAUGAAUGGAUACAAUGCUUUGACGUACCUCUCAACAAUUAUUGCCGUGGUGUUUAGAACUAUUUAUGAAUUGAGAAAGGAGUCAGUCACCUGGAUGGUCUUUGCUUUGAUUAGCUCAGCUGUAGCCACUUUGGUCAACAUUUAUUGGGACAUCGUUUUUGAUUGGGGCCUCUUGAGAAGGCACUCCAAGAAUUUCUACUUAAGAGACAAACUUAUAGUGUCACUCAAAAUUGUCUACGUUGUUGCAAUGGUGUUGGAUAUAUUAUUGAGAGCGGCUUGGAUGCAACUGGUGUUGGCAUUUAAUCUGCACUCAGCCCAUAAAAUGGGAAUCACAACUACUGUAUUCUCCUUGGAAAUUAUUCGUCGUGGUAUUUGGAACUUCUUCAGAUUGGAGAACGAGCACCUGAACAAUGUAGGGAGGUACCGUGCUUUCAAAUCGUUGCCGCUUCCUUUUGCUUACUCCAAUGAUCAGAAAGAAGGGAAGGAUGAAUGAACAUCCAUAUCAUUAAUAAGUGCAUACACAGAUAGAAAAAAGCUUUUACCAGGAACAAAUAGCAAAUCUUGUAAUGGAAUUCAGAGAUUGAUUGCAAGAGAAGAGAGAUGAGCGAAAGUUUGACAGUAUAGUACGUUUAGAGAAUAGAAGAUAAGAAUAUUGCAUAGUAUAGAAUUGAGGGUAUUAUAAAAUCUAUGGGUUCCACCUCAAACAAUGAGUCUAUACGAAAAACAGACUUUUGCCGGUGCAAAUUUAUGCCGACAAAAGUUAGGUAUUGCACCGGCAAAAGCCCUCUAGGUUUUACUGAUGUAAUUUUGCGUUGGCAAAAAGUAACGAUGUACCCUUGUUGAUAAUGGUAUUUUUGCUGACGCAAAACGUAAUGUGCCGGCAAUUGUAUCUUUUGGCGACAGAAAAAUACGCUGGGAAAAAUAAGGAUGUACCAAGAAAAAAAUUUGUCGUGUUAUUGUGGAAAACAUUUUUAGUGGCGCAAAAAUGCGCCGAUAAAGAUGAUUAUUUUAGUGGCACAAAAUUGCACUAGUAAAAGAUGUGUCUUUUAGUGGUGUGUUUUUGUGCUGAGAAAGGUGGAUAUAUGUAGUGAUGUAUUUUUGCGCCAUUGAAGGUUAAGACUUUUGUUGAUGUAAUUUUGCGUCGGUAAAAUUAUUUUUUAAAUAAAUUUUUUGAUAAUAUUACUAA